UUCAAUGAUGGGGCAGAUGAGUGCCGUUAUCCCCUCUUGUUCAAGAGUCAUUGACAGCUCAAUGACUCGGACCUGAAGGAGUUAAGGAAGCGGGAGACCUUGUGUUAAAUAGCGGCUGAUGUCAACGGCAAGAGGUGGAGCCUAAUGCUGGAUCUCACUGUCUGACCCAUUUAGAGGCUCAGAAAGGGGAAAUCAGCUGGGCAGAGACAGUGGAGAGGACUAUCAUUAGUCAGCCUUUGGUCAAACCGGUGCUUGUGUGCCCAGUGGCUCUGAGGACUGGUUUUGUUUUCAGUCGAUCCUCUGGGAGCUGAGCCGCUGUGAGAGAGAGAGAUGAAGGGGCUGACUGUGGCGUCCAGGGGGGCAAUUAAAGUCGGGGCACUGGAGAAGCGGAGCGAGAGCCUGCUGCAGCUCUGGAAGAAGAAGCAAUGCACGCUGACCCGGGACAGCCUGCUCCUGACCGACGGCGGCGGCCGGGGCUGCCGCUGCAAGGAGCUGAGCUUCGACACCAUCCGCAAGCUGGAGUGCGUGGAGAGGAAGGGCACGCGUGUCUACUUCACCAUCGUGACCACCGACUGGCGGGAGAUCGACUUCCGAUGCGAGGAUGCCAGCUCCUGGAACGCCGCCAUCACCCUCGCCCUGGUGGCCUUCAAGAACGAGCGGGCGGUGAGGGAGUUCCACGCGAGGAAGCCCGUCAAGAGGUGGCGGGGGUGGGCUGCGUGAGCCUCACGCAAUCACAGAGAGAGCACAGGAGCCGCGCAUGUGCUGGACUUUGCGAGGCAGCCUCUCGAUAUGUUGUGGCGAUAUGCCACCCGAACCACUGAUAUCCAAAAUGCACUCAGUUAAUUCUGGCUUCUCGGCCGACCUUGAAUUUAAUCACUUGACUCUCGGUCAUCAUAUCCUAAGCUCUGGAAUUCUAUCCCUAAUCCUCCCGGUGUCUCCAUUAAAGCACGGCCUCUUCUAAUGUCACGUAGAUCAGAGUCAGACCAGUGUUUGAUUUCACACCCCCGGACCUUUUUUAUGAAUUGGCAGAGGCUGGGCCGUGUUUGUACGCGGUACAGAUAAGCUGUUAACGACGUGGGGGCACAGCUGGUGGAGAGGCUGCCUUGUAGCUUCUUACAACCUGCGUUCGAUCCUGACAUCCGGUCCAGUUUUUGCAGGGUUAGCAAAUUCUCCGUGACACCAGAGGUUUUCUCCAGUUACUCAUCUUCCUCUGAAGCCUAUCGCUGAGUGUAUUUGGGGAAUGGGAUUAUUCUGGGUGCUGGCAUAGACCCAGUGGGUUGUUGCUUUCCUAUCCUUGGGUAGAUGGAGCUUGUUUUCCCUCUCCAAAUGGCCUCAUUCUCCUCCUAUAUCUUAUGGACUUGUGGCCUUAUGAGUUACAAUUCCUCUGGGAGUUAGAAGCUCGCAGGUUCAAACCCUGACCAGAGUCAGCCAUAGGUGGCACGCUGGUGCAACUAGAAGAAUUCCCACCUCACAGUAUCAGGUUCAAUCCUCACCUUGGGUACUCUCUGCCUGAGUUCAAACGUUUCAUUUCAAGGAUUUGUCUGUCGAUAAUUUCCCAACAAUUUUGGUUCUGGUGAGUGCCGUGUUCUUGGGAGGAAAUGCUGACCUAUUAGUUGUGGAUCAAACAAAAGAGAUUGAAUUUCUCAGUCAGCUUGUUAGACUUUCACCCCCUUGUACCCUCAGACCAUUAAUUGUACCCACUAACACAAGAGAUCCUGCAGGUGCUGAAAACCUUGAGGAACACAAACUGCUGGAUGGAGCUCCAUCGAAGAGAGGGAAAACUCUGAUUUCAAACCUCUGCUGCCUUGCGGCCAUACCCACUCGUGGGAAAGGCUUCGGGAGUAAACCCUGAGGACAAAUCCGGAGCUGGAGUCCCUAAGGCAGUCCGAUGUUGCCUUCAACCUCAUUCUGGCAACUCCUGCGAUGACACCGGUGCCAAGCUGUGUCGGCCCUUGCCCUUCCCUCGGACAACAUCGGAGGCGUGGAGAGGGGAGACUUGCUGCUUGGGCAACUGCCGGUCUUCCACACAACCCUGCCCAGGCCUGCAUCUUGGAAAAGACUUUCCAGGCGCAGAUCCAUGGUCUCGCGAGACUAAUGGAUGCCGUACAUCGUACACUCAAGCUGUAGGGGACCUGAGAGGGACAGAGGGACUUGAUCAAAAAUGGCAUGGUAGUUUAAGUCCAGGCGACCUGGGUUCAAUUCCUACUGUUGCAUGUAUGGAGUUUGUACAUUCUCCCUGUGACUGUGUGGGUUUUCACCGGUUUCCUCUCAUAGUCCAAAGAUGUACCGGUAGGUGGGUUAAUUAGCCCCCAUUCCCAUUCCGACAUGUCAGGCCAUGGCCGCCUCUUGCCAUAAUGGGGCCACUCUUGUGAGUAACACCUCGUAUUCCGUCUGCGUAGCCUCCAACCUGAUAGGCAUAAACAUUGAUUUCUCCUUCCGGUAAUUUUUCCCCUCCCCCCUUCCCUCUUCUUCUGUUCCUCACUCUGGCCUCUUGCCUCUUCUCACCUGCCUAUCACCUCCCUCUGGUGCCUUGCCCUCUUCCCUUUCUCCCAUGGUCACUCUCCUCUCCUAUCAGACUCCUCCUUCUUCAACCCUUUACCUUUUCCACCCACCUGUCUUCACCUGCCACCUUCUAGCUCGUCCUCCUACUCACCUUUUCACUCUGGCGUCUUCCCCCGUUCCUGGCCAGUCCCAGCCUGAAAAGUUGACUGUUUAUUCCCCUCCAUAGAUGCUGCCUGACCUGCUGAGUUCCUCCAGCAUUCUGUGUGUGUGUUGCUCAAGACUUUCAAGGUUGUUGCUGAGACUGAUAGAGAUGUACAAACUCAUUAGGGGCACAUCCAGAGAUGACGAAUGCAGUCAGCCUUUCUCCCAGGGUCAGCAAAUGAAAAACAGGAGAAUAUGGGUUAAAGUGAGAGGGGAAAAGUUUAGCAGCAACCUCCUCACACAGAGUGUGGCAUGGAUAUGGAAUGAGUUGCUAGAGGACCUGACCUACAGGGAGUUCAGUAGGUUAGGGCUUUACUCCCUGGUUCCAAGUUCAAAGUAAAAUUUAUUUUCAGAGUACCUGCUUGUGACCUCGUAGAACCCUGAGGUUCAUUUUCCCUGCAGGCAAACUCGGUGACUAGUAACUGUAAACAGGAUCAAUGAAAGAGCAAGAGCAUAGAACACACCAACACUGCAAAUGCAGAGUUAAAUAGUAGUAAAGAUUAUAAAUAUGUUAAAUAGUAAUAAAUAACAGGAUAAAGAGCCCUUAAAGUGAGCUCAUUGGUUGUGGGAACAUCUCAAUAGAUGAGUGUAAUUGUCCUCUUCUGUUCAUGGUACCUGGUGGCGAAUCCUGAGGCUCUUGUACCUUCUACCUGAUGGCAGCUGCGAGAAAGAGCAUGUCCUGGGUGGUGAGGAUCUUUGAUAAUGGAUGCUUCUUUCUUGUGACUGAGUUUCAUGUAGAUGUACUCCCGUGACGUACUGGGCUGAAUCCACUACCCUGUGAAGUAUUUUCUGAUCAAAGAUAUUGGUAUUUCCAUGCCAGGCCGUAAUGCAGCCGCUCAAUACACUUCCCACCACACAUCUAUAGAAGUUUGUCAAGGUUUUUGAUGAUGGUGCUAAAUCUCCAGAGACUCCUAAGGAAGUGUUGGCGCGUGGCCAAGUGGUUAAGGCACUGGUCUAGUGAUUUGAAGGUCGCUAGUUCGAGCCUUGGCUGAGGCUGCGUGUGUGUCCUUGAACAAGGCACUUAACCACACAUUGCCCUGCGACGACACAAGUGCCAAGCUGUAUGGGUCCUAAUGCCCUUCCCUUGGACAACUUCGGUGGUGGCGUGGAGAGGGGAGACUUGCAGCUUGGGCAACUGCCGGUCUUCCAUAUAUAAAAAAAAACUUUGCCCAGGCUUGCGCCCUGGAAACUUUCCAAGGUGCAAAUCCGUGGUCUAUCGAGACUAAUGGAGGCCUAAGGAAGCAGAGAGGGUAUCAUGCUUUCUUUGCUAUUACACUUGUAUGCAGGAGAAUGACAGGAAGUUCAUUGAAAGUUGCCGUAAAGAAAGCUUUUGGCACAUUGGCCUUCACAAAUCAAGGUAUUGAAUACAGAAGAUGGGAUGUUCUGUUGAUGUUGUAAAAGUCAUUGGUGAGGCCUAAUUUGGGGUUUUGUGGGCAGUUUUGCUCAUCAACCUACAGGAAAGAUGUAAAUAAGGUUGAAAGAGAACAGAGAAAAUUUACAGGGAUGUUGUAGGUCUGGAGGAUCUGAAUUAAUAAGGAAAGAUGGAGUAGGUAGGAGUUUAUUCUUGGAACGUAGAAGAUUUGAUAGAGGUAUACAAAAUUAUGAGGGUAAAUGCGAGCGUGUUUUUUCCACUGAGGUUGGUUGGGACUACAUCUAGAAGUCUUGGGUUAAGGGUGAAAGGUGAGGAGUUUGGGGGGAACAUGGGGGAGAGCUUCACUCAGAGAGUCAGGAGAAUGUGGAACGAGCUGCCAGCAUAAGUGGGGCAUGCGAACAAUUUCAUUGUUUAAGAGAGGAUAGGUACAUGGAUUGUAGGGGUAUGGAGGGCUAUGAUUCCGCUGCAGAUCGAUGGGAGUAGGCAAUUUAAAUAGCUUAGCUUGGACUAAAUGGGCUGCAGGGAUUUACUUCUCAAUGACUCUGGGAAGCAGUUGAGGCGGGUACAAUAACUGUUAAAGGAUAGUUGGACAGCUACGUGGAUAGGAAAGAUUUAGAAGGAACUGGGGUAAGUAGUUCUAGCUUGGAUGUCCUUCUCAGCUGGUAUGCACCAGCUGGUCCAAAGGGUCUGCUUUUCUUUAAACAAAAUCACAGAAGUUUAUUCACACAAAAAAUGCUCAAAAUACAAACAUCAAAUAUUUACAUGACUGAAUAAAUUCAAAUUAAAAUAUAAUUAUUACUGCCUAUAAACCGGCCAGUUCACUGGGGAGGGGCCCACUGCUCCUGGAAAUCCUCCAGGAAAAACCCAUCAUGUCCGCACACCGUCUCGCUGAGGACGGCCGGGAAUGCAUCCUCGGAAAAGGGGCUGGCAGUCGGCACUAGCACAGAACCCUCGGCUGUCCCGCCACCUGGACCCACGAGUGGCCAUCUCGGCCAGACCCAGGAGCAAGCCCAGCAGUAAAUCCUCCGCGGGUCUCGCCCCUUUCGUUCUGGGUCCCCGUUUGUAAAGAGCGAAGGGCUGAAAUGUAACCCAAAGCUGAGGAGCAGCCCUUCAGAUAUUCAAACAGAGGCUGCCCCCCCAUCACAUUCCACACAUAAGCAUAGUACACUGACGCCAGCCCCCAAAGAGCUUGUUUCUGUGCUGCGUGUGCCUAUGACUGAAUGAAUCUCUGUCACUGUCGUUGCUUAGAAAUUAACUAUUAUCUGUCCACCAUCUCUUUCUCCAGACUGCAAGCUAAACUGAUUCUCAAAGCAACGUCAGUGUCGGGACCAAUCGUGAAGUUUUGGCUCCAUAUUUCAAAGCUGCAGGGUCCCAGAGUCUCAGAAUUUUCACAGCUCGGACCCCCGUCUCCCUCAACCUGACUUCCAGCCCAGCAUCCAGUUUGACAGCGAACUGGGGCCUCUGACCAGAAUGGAAUGAAUUGGGAAUAGUAAUCGAUCCCUGCUGGCAGUCCCUGUUCGGAUCACCAGAGGGAAGAAAGCGAGUUGCCCCCAAUUCCUUUUAUUGGACAGGUGAAACGCCCUCAUGUCCAUUGGAACAGCAGGAUUGGGGAAAUCCAACUCCGAAUCAGUCCAGAGAUACCAUGGGAUUUCCUGGAAUUAAAUCCGGGAAACGGGGGAAAAAAAAUUGUUUUGUUUUCUUUGGACACUUUUUGUUGUGCAAGUAUCGUAAGUGGGAUGAUUGGAGGACAGUCGAGAGUCGACCAGUCAUUUUUGCUUUGGCAUUCCAGUUGGCCCAGCGGAGGUGGGACGUUGCCAAGAUGGAUGUGCUGGGUGGGCUCUUGGUGACAAGGCAAUGUGGUGAAAACUCCAGGGGUAUUCCAGAAUAAAGGCGACUGAGGAUCAGCAUACCCAGAAGAUCUUGGGGACGUAAUCUCAGUCGCAAGGCCCGGGAUAGCCUGUGCAGAGCAAACCUUUGGUCUUCCAAGUUACUGCCAGUGCUCGGCAACGGGGUCAACUGCCGCCCAGACGUGAGCGUGGCCCCGCAUCAACAAGCAUCCGCAGUGAGAGAGAGCUCGAGGUGUGCGCCCACUGAGAAUUCUCCCCGGCGACGGCUCAGUCAGUCGGUGAUGUCCGGCGCGCCAGUAUUGACUGCAAUGCUCUCCUGCUCCCACUGGGCCUUUCCACCCUCCCAGGCCUCCGGCUCCAGCUGCCCCCUUUGCAUUCACAAUGGGAAAAUCUCACGGCUUUUGUGUGGGUCCCUGCGGAUUGAGCCUACUGAUGGAACUGGCUGCUGGGUGGUUCUCUUCCCCCCCCCCCCCACCCCCACCGGUUUGAUUUUCUUUUAGCGCUUCCUCUCAGUCUAACUUAUUUAUUGUGUGUCUGCAUAGCGUUAAUAAACGUAAAUCUGUCUGUCA